AUGGCUAGGGAAAGCUUUUCCCCCGACUCAGCGCAUGAUCCUGACCCCAGGAAGCCACCCGGAAAUUGGGACCCGGUGACCAGAGGCGAAGUCUGGUGCGCGGGCUCCUGUAGCUUGCUGGGCCGAUUUCCAGUGCCAAACAACAACAUGAGCUACACGAGGCGGAAUGGGUCGGGUAGAGGGGCUCAGGGGAGAUUCGGCCAUCCCAUGCACGACAACCAGAGGGCGUUUGGAAGGAAUGGCGCGACCAGUUUCCGUGUGAGCGUGAAAGUUGGCGAGCGAACGUUUGAGGGCGAAGGCAUAACUGUACAGGCGGCCCGCCACGACGCUGCCUCCAAAGCUCUCGACGAACUGAGACAUUUGCCCGUCGAAGAGAACCGAGUAGCCAAAGGAUUCUCGCCUCUAACUGAAUGUGAAGACUCUGGAUCCUGUGUUGAAAGUGAUUCAUCUUCGGACUUGAAAUCGCCAAUCUCACUUGUCCAUGAACUGGCGUUGAAGAGGAAUUUAAGCGUCAGGUUCCAAGUGAUUGACGCAAGUGGCCCUCCACACAUGCGCUUCUUUGUCACACAAUGUCAGGUGGCCGACUCAUUCGUCACCUUUGGCGUAGGAAACGGAAAGAAGGAAUCGAAGAAACGAGCUGCUGAAAAGAUGCUUGAAGAACUGCGAACUCUCCCUCCGAGAACAACAGUGAAUGCAAAACCAACCAAAAAGAAAUCUAGGAACCUCAUCCGAGCUGUCAACCCUACCACAACUCAGGAGAAACCAGAAACCGAAGUAGCGGACGAGAUAAAUCCUAUUUCAAGACUAAUUCAAAUACAGCAAGCGAAAAAAGAGAAAGAACCUGUAUUUACGCUGAAAGAAGAAAGAGGAGGACCUGAGAAGAAGGAAUUUGUUAUCGAGGUGUCCGUUGGAGAGUACUCUUACAAUGGAACGGGUCCUAACAAGAAACUAGCCAAAAGGAAUGCCGCUGAAGGAUUAUUACAAGAAAUGGGAUAUUCCACUCCAACAACGCAACCUGGUUAUAAGAAAGUGAACAUAUAUAUGAACCAAGAAAAGCAGGACGGGUUCAUGAAUCAGGAUAAGCAGAAAAGCGAAACAGCUGGAGGGAGUGGGGGUCGACAGUUGGUGCCGGGAGUUCUUCUCAUGACUGACAAUACUAGAAGUUCAUCCACUGGCAGCAACGGAAAACCUAGUUAGUUUAUUCAAUUUUGAUUAUUCUUUAUAAUUAGUCUAUUCAUUAACAAAUGAAUGUUGUCCAAAAGAUAGAUUUAUUGAAAAAUAAGUGGUGUGAAACCUGUUGUGUCAAACUUUUUUGACCUAUUUUUUUACAAACCUCACCUCUUUUAGUUUGAUAGAUGAAACCUUUCCAAUUUAAAUAAAAAAGAAACAUCCAAAACAACUUUCUUCAAAUGUGUACGCAGUUAACUGAAUCAUUUCAUAGUUCCAUAAUAUUCAUGAAGUUUAUUGUUUUAUAAUCUGUCACAGUAUUCCUGAAUGAUGAUAAUCAACAAAUACCUUGAAUAUUUUUUAAGAAAACAUGUUCAGUUUAGUUAAGUACAAUUUUGAUUAUCUUCUUCUCAGUAUUAAUUUUGUAGUUUCGAUAUGGCCAUAAAUUUUCGUUCUCUUAUUUUUCAAUUGGAAAGUAACCAAUUGUUAUAUCAGAAAGGUUAUCUGAUUUUCCUUUAUGUUUAAAUGAACAACUCAUGUUUAUUAUUUUGAUGAAAUAAUAGUAUUAAGAGACACUUAGAUUUCAUAUAUGUGAUUAAGAUUCUGGUUGAAUCAAUUCAAAUUGAAACGAGCUUGAAUUAUCUAAUAAAUUAUACUCAUGUUUACUGGCUGCUGUAAUUUAAUUUGUUAUAUUCGUGUUAAUUAUCUUAAAUUCCCAUAAAAUGAUUCAGCUUCAAAGUACCACUAAACUCAUGUUCACUGGUUACUGUAAUUCAAUUUGUUGUAUUUGUGUUAAUUAUCUUAAAUCCCCGUAAAAUAACUCAGCUUCAAAGUAUCACUUCAUUCAUUUAAAACAGUAUAUUAGCAUAGCACAAUUUCAUUUACACCCAAGCCUUGAUAAAAAAAUACUAUUCAGGUACAUUCAAAAUCCUUCAUACUAAGAUUUCACGUGAUCAAUCUAUUGUAAAUAGAUCUUAAAAUUCUAUCACUUUAUUGUAAUGUAGUUCUAAAUUUUUUCUGACUGAUAAAAUUGUUUACAGCUAGUGCAAUAUUAUACACGAAUAUUUGUCAUAAAUAAUUGAAGCAUCUAGUGUCGUAAUGGUAUUUUAUAGCCAUGUCCAUAUAUGUAAAUCGAAAUCAAAUAUAACGAGUUGUGUAACAUAAAUAA